AUGGCCCAUGGGUCCAUGGCAAUGGGCAGAAUGAAUUUAUUCUUUGUCCAUGUCUCAAUGAUGAGCUCGCUCUUAAAGUUGUUUUUUGAAGACUCUUCGUCAGAUGAUGAUGAUGAGUUUGAGAUGAUGAUACUAUCUUUGUUUGCUGCCACUAUAAGCAACAAGAGGUCCAAACAUUGUGGUUCUCUGCGAAGGCAUGCUUUGGUUUGUCGGAAAAAGUCCAGACAUGCUAAGCUUAUGGAGGAUCAGUCACAAUUACUCACACGCAGAGACCAAUCCAGCCACUGCCACCUAGCUGCCUCUUCGAGGGUUAGUUCAAGAAGACGCCAGAUCGGUUUUGCAAAAGAGUGUGUCACCGAGAUGCCACGCGCACUGCUGGACUGCCGCCCGUGCAAGCGGCCGCGGCUGGGGUGGGACGUCGGCCCUGCUGAGAUGCAUCAGAUGGCCUUCUCCGACGAUGAUGAUAUCCUUGACCAAUGGUUGGAGCAAGAGGAGUCCGAUGAUGUUGACUACUACACUGCAGCUGCUCUUCUAGCCGACGUGGAGCGUGAGAGGAACAAGAAACACUGUGAUUCAGUCCCAGGUCGCCAGGUUCAGAUAGGCCUUUGUGAGCAAGAAGUUGUAAAUGCCAUCAGUGCUGUGGAGUUGGGCUUCUCUUCGGAUGCUAUUGUUUCCUCUCCUGUGAACCAAGAGCAGCCUCGUGAUGAGUCCCCUCCACUGAGAGAAGAUGACAAAUAUGGGCGUUAUGUUUUUGCUGUUGGAGAUAACCUCACAUCUCGCUAUAGGAUCAAUGCAAAAAUGGGCCAAGGUACCUUUGGUCAGGUGUUGGAGUGCUGGGACAGGGAAAGGAAAGAAAUGGUGGCUAUCAAGAUCACCAGAGGCACUAAAACGUACAGGGAUACUGCAAUGAUAGAAAUUGGCAUGCUUGAGCAGCUUGGUAAAUAUGAUAAAAGUAGAUCCAGUUGUGUUCAAAUACGGAACUGGUUUGAUUAUCGUAACCAUAUCUGCAUUGUCUUUGAGAAGCUUGGACCAAGCUUAUGUGAUUUUCUGCGGAAAAACAAUUACCGCUCAUUCCCAAUUGCCCUUGUUCGGGAGGUUGCCAAACAACUGUUGGAAUGUGUAGCAUGGCUUGGAUGGAGUUACCCAUGUGAUAUCUGGAGUGUUGGUUGUAUUCUUGUUGAGCUUUGCACGGGAGAGGCAUUAUUCCAGACUGGUGAAAACUUGGAACAUCUGGCUAUGAUGGAGAGGGUGUUUGGACCUUUGCCAUACCAUAUGCUUAAGAUGGCAGAUCGCCACUCUGCAAAAUACAUCAAAGAAGGACAUCUGAAUUGGCCUGGGGGCUGCACUUCAUGGGAGCGCAUGAAAGCUGUGACAAAAUUGCCCAGGCUUCAGAGCCUGGUGAUGCGUAAUGUGGAUCAGUCUGCCGGGGAUAUCAUUGACCUUUUGCAAGGGCUGCUCAAGUAUGAUCCAGCAAAUCGCUUGACAGCACAGGAGGCGCUGAGGCAUCCCUUCACAGAAGAGUUUUGA